AUGGGCGAGGCGGAAUACGAGGAGGCGCACCACCGCAACUUGGUGGUGUCGAGGUCGUUGCCUGCGAAGUUGAGGGAGUCGAAGCAUUUAUCAAAGUCGACGAAAGCUGGGUCAAGGAGGAUAGAUAUAGAGGAGCUGAGAAAGCUGAGCACAGGUUCGGCGAGGAGUGUAAAGAGGUUGGUGAACUAUGUAAGGUCCUUUGGGUUGUCGACCAUUUCUAAGACCGUCGAUGAAUUUGGGGGGACUGAUCAGUCAGAGAUUACCAGCGAGUGGGAGGCCACAAACUUUGCCAAGAGGAUCUUUAGGAACGUAGCCAAGCCAGGUGCCAAGUACAUUGAAGAGGAAGAUUUAAUGAGGUUUCUAAAACGAGUUGAGAUUCAUACCAUAUUCCCCCUCUUUGAAGGAGCCCUUGAGACCGGAAGGAUCGCAAAAUCAGCAUUCCAAAAUUGGGUGGUUCGUGCUUAUUUCGAAAGAAAAUCACUAGCACAUUCUCUGAAUGAUACAAAGACAGCAGUGCAACAACUUCACAAGCUAGCAAGUGUAGUUGUUAGUGUGAUUAUAAUCCUGGUGUCUCUGCUGGUGAUGGGGUGGGCAACAAUGAAGGUGAUUGUUUUCUUCAUAACACAGUUGGUUCUGGUGGGAUUCAUGUUCCAAAACACAUGCAAGAACAUAUUUGAGUCCAUCGUCUUCGUUUUUGUCAUGCAUCCUUUUGACAUUGGAGAUCGUUGUGUCAUCGAUGGAGUUCAGAUGGUGGUGGAAGAGAUGAAUAUUUUGACCACAGUGUUCCUUCGAUAUGAUAUGGAGAAAAUUUACUAUCCCAACUCGGUUCUUAUCACAAAGCCAAUCAGCAAUUUUUACAGAAGUCCAGAAAUGUGCGAUACUAUUGAUUUCACCAUCGAUGUCUCAACGCCUAUGGAAACUAUAACUGCGCUCAAGAAGGCCGUACAAAUAUACAUAGAGAGCAAGCCGAAGUAUUGGAACCCAAAGCACUCGAUGAUAGUGAAAGAGAUAGAGAAUGUGGACAAGAUGAAGAUGGCUUUAUGCGUCCAACACACCAUCAACCAUCAAAACUAUGGUGAAAGGAACAAUCGCAUAACUGAGCUUAUCCUUGAGUUGAAGAAGAUCUUCGAGCAUCUAGGUAUUAAGUAUCACCUUCUUCCUCAGGAGGUCCAUCUAACUCAAGUCAAUGUCAGCAACUGGAGGAUGCCAUUAUAAUCUUG